AUGCCUGCUAUGCUCGAGGACCCGACUGCACCCAUCAUCUACCGGAACCCGGAUGACUUGCAUUUCACGGUGCCAGGCGGCCCCCUGCCUCCUGGCAUCGCGCCGCGCCAGGUGACUCUACGGGACCGAGUGACAACGGCCACAGUCAUUCCCUUUUCCGCCCCGAAUCAAGUCCCUCUAACCUUGCUUGCCUAUCUGUGCGACCAGUUGGGCCGUGAGAUCGAGAAGGGUGAUACCUAUCCCAUGAUAGAACCCUUGCCACUGGAAAACUUCGGUCCGUAUUGGUUUGGCGUGUUCGGCGCCAUUAUGCUGCUGGGUGAGAUUCAGGAUGGACGAGAAAUACACGAAAUGGCGCGUAGGGGUUGCGAUUGGGAGAGGGAAUGUUUGGGUAGCUUUUAUAUCAAGCCAAACUACCCUGGCCGGUCCAGCCACGUUUGUAAUGGAGGCUUCCUAGUCACCGACGCCUCGCGGAAUCGUGGCGUUGGCCGGCUGAUGGGCGAGUUGUAUCUCGACUGGGCUCCAAAGCUGGGCUACUCGUAUUCUGUUUUCAACCUUGUCUACGAAACCAACGUGGCCUCCUGUCGUAUUUGGGACGCGUUAGGAUUCAAGCGACUUGGGCGAGUCAAGGGCUGCGGUAAUCUGAAAUCGUAUCCUGGCGAAUUAGUGGAUGCCAUAAUUUACGGUCGUGACCUGGGCCAGGAGGACGACUUUGUGUCUGAAGAACGCUUUGACAAGAUUCGCUUCUAUCUCAAGAAUGGCAAGUAUCCAAAUGGUGCGGACCGAGCGGAGAAAAGUCGCUUGCGCAGUGCUGCGACACAUUAUAAGCUAUUGCCACCAAACGGCAUUGACGGGGAAAGGCUCAUGCUCAAAGGCAAAGAAGUCAUCUCUGAUCCACAGCGACAAUACGAGAUCGCCCGAGAAGUCCACCACAAAUCUCACGGAGGCAUAAAUAAGACGACAGCCGCAAUUGCGGAAUCAUACCAUUGGGUCCGCAUAAAGGAAACCGUAAGCCAGGUCAUCCGCAAUUGUCCGGAGUGUAGCGAGAUGAAUAAAGUUUCAUCAGCAGUGCGCGUGCAGCAAGCAAGAUAUGCGACGCAGGUAUCGGACUCGCCCGUCAAUAUGGGGACGUCUACCCCAGCUGGUGUUUUCCUGUCGCCGCAGCCCCUCCCACUCCAGCGCGCCGGCUCACCAGGUCAUCAGUUACAGAUAGAGGCUUCGCAACCGUUCUCUGCAUUUGCUGGCGACCACCACGAUUAUGACAUGCCACUUGACCCUGCACUCAUGGAAGGUGUGCAUCCACAACUCAGCCUACAGGAUCUGCCACCCUCGCCGUUCCUUACUGCUGGCCAGCACAUGUCUCCUGAACUAUCGAUGCAGCAAAUACCAAAUAUGGGUCUUGUUUCGCCAAACAGCCCGGCCUCCAUCUCACACCCUGUUCCCGAUGGCAUAUCGACAAUAUCAGAGGAACGCAUUUCCGAUCCGGGAGAAGAACUACAGCGCCGCUUGACAAGGGCCGGAUAUCGGCGGACAAGACAGAACCAGUAG